AUGGAGGCCACCCCCACAUGGAGGAGCAGCAGCAGCUUCGAGCAGCAGCAGCAGCAGCAGCAGCAGCGGCUGCUGCUGCAGCAGCAGCAGCACCCCUUGCUGCAGGACCAGCAGCACCCGUUGCUGCAGCAAGAGCAGCACGAACUCCACCAGCAGCAGCAGCAGCAGCAGCAGCAGCAGCAGCAGCAGCAGCAGCAGCAGCAGCAGCAGCAGCUUUUUUGUGUGAGCAGGGAUGUUUUUUGUUUGCAACCCUACAACCAACGCUAA